AUGUGGCAUUCGAAAAAAUUGUCAGAUGAGCAGUUAGAAAAGCUGACGAAUGACAAAGAUGUUAUCAGUGAUAAUAUGACUAUUGUUUCUGAAUGUGAGGCAAGACACUUCAUCACUAGAGCAUUACUAUCUGCCGAAAACUUCGCUAGCGCCCAAGAAAUUUUACGGGAUGUAGGAUGUGGAGCUGGAGAUGGAUGCUCCAUAAAUAUGACAUUUUUGAAGCAAGAGGGAAAUAGAGUUUUUCACAACGUCGAAAUGGCCCCUGCGGAAAAAACAAGUGAAUCUCAGUUGAAUAUAUUGACUACCGGCCCUGGAGAAAAUAUAAUGCAUUGCAAUAAAUACUUGCGAAUGAAAAUUGAGGAAGUUAAUGAGGACAUGUCGCAGAGUAGCAUAUGCAGAAUGGCAACAUUUAAAAGUUAUCGUUCCCCGCAAAAUAAAAAUGAUGUGAUAAUGAUGCUCAGCGACCGUACCAACACAGAGUUCCCAGUGUUCAGAGAUAAUCCUGGAGAUCAUGUCUUGACUAUUGCAGUUGGUAUUUUCGACUGUAUAGCCAGAACAUGGGCUUUGUAUUCUGAUAAUCCCAAGGAAAAUGAACCAUUAGUCGUUUUGCCGAUAGUAUUGAAGAAUUAGGUUGCGUAGAAAAAUAUAAAAUAAGUAAACUAAUUGUUAUUCACAAAAAUGUAUGUACUUAAGCACCGUUACUUUAUUAAAUGUUCUCAA